ACUAUUUUGUCCUCGCAGCUUUUCAUCCCCGACCAAGAGGUGUAUUUUGUCCUCGGCGGCGUUUCAUUCUCUCUCUCCCUCGUGUGGAUAAGUCGUCCCUAAGUCCGGUUCAACGGUGCCUUAAGCCACGCUUUCAAGAUGGUUAGGGUGGACAAAUCAACAUGGAAGGCUAAUUACUUCACCAAGAUCACCCAGCUGCUGGAUGAAUACAGCCGUUGCUUCAUCGUGGGUGCUGACAAUGUCGGCUCCAAGCAGAUGCAGGAGAUCCGUAUGAGCCUGCGUGGCUGCGCUGUUGUCCUCAUGGGCAAGAACACCAUGAUGCGCAAGGCCAUCCGUGCUCAUCUGGAAAGCAACCCUUCUUUGGAGAGGCUGCUGCCACACAUUGUAAACAAUGUUGGCUUCGUCUUCACUAACGACGACCUGUGUGAAGUUCGUGAUAAGCUGCUUCAGAACAAGAAGAGGGCUCCUGCUCGUCCUGGUGCCAUUGCCCCAUGCCCCGUCACCAUCCCUGCCCAGAACACUGGUCUUGGUCCUGAGAAGACAAGUUUCUUCCAGGCUUUGCAGAUCCCUACCAAGAUUGCCAGGGGUACCAUUGAAAUCGUGAAUGAUGUGCAGUUGAUGAAUGAGGGAGACAAGGUGGGUGCCAGCGAGGCAGCUCUCCUUAACAUGUUGAACAUCUCUCCCUUCACAUACGGUUUGGUGGUACAGCAGGUGUACGAUCAGGGCACAGUCUUCUCCCCCAAGGUUCUGGACAUUACUGAUGAGGACUUGAUGAAGACCUUCCAGCAGGGUCUGUCCAAUGUUGCUUCAGUGUCCCUGGCAAUUGGUUUCCCUACCAUUGCCUCGGUUCCUCACUCCAUUGUCAAUGGCUUCAAGAACUUGCUGGCCAUUGCAGCAGCUACUGACAUCAACUUCAAGGAGGCUGCAACACUCAAGGAGUUCUUGGCUGACCCAAGCAAGUUUGCUGCCGCUGCUGCUGCGUCUGCUCCAGCUGCGUCUGCUGCUGCUGCUCCAAAGGAGGAAGCCAAGAAGGAGGAAGAACCUGAGGAGGAGUCUGAUGAUGACAUGGGCUUCGGUCUGUUUGACUAAGCAUUCCAGAAAAUUGGUCAAUAAACAAAGCUGGAA